AUGGAUGAAAAUCAAGAGAGUCAGAUUCAUCCUAACAUGCCUUGCAAGGAGGAGAACGCAGACUACUCAAGGUCAAGGGUUUUGGGCGAGAAUACCAGAGGGAAUGGCAGGCUUUGCAUCAAGCUGAAGAUUUUCAAGGCCGAGUCGGACCAGUUGGAACAUGAACACCCUCCUGCAGCUGCAAAAUGUUUCCCUCGCAUCAAGGCUGACCCUUUUGAUCAUGAAGGAGUAGAAGAACAAGCUUCUGCACCUGCAAAACAAUUCCCUCUCGUCUGCAAAAUUUGCAAUAAAGUUUUUGGUUCUGGUAAAGCCCUCGGCGGCCACACAAUAAUGCAUGUCCAAGCCAGAAACAAGGAGCUCCUCGAAAAGAUUCAGAAAUCAAAGUUCAAGAAGCACCCCACCUCCGCUGGUGAUCUUUCCAACGCUAUUAGAGCCAAAGCCAAUGCUAACGUUGCGAUCAUGGGCGAACCCACAUGCUACGUUUGCGGGAAAAAAUUCCCGGCCAUGAAAGCUUUGUUUGGCCACAUGAGAUCUCAUCCUGGAAGGGAAUGGAGGGGAGUUCUACCCCCUCCAACCGAGAAAAACAGUGCAAGCUCUUCGUCAUCAACACCAUCGGAUGACAAGAAUAUUGCUUCUGCUGCUGCAAAUUUUACUACUACGGAGGCGCCCGUCUUGGUUGAUUUGUCAGCUUCUCUAUUCCGCUGGAAGUCCACUGGCAAGAGAGGUAGGAGAAGCAUCCCCGCCUCCACCAGCGGUUACGGUUCUGGUCUUCCCCAGGGUCAAGAGGAGGAGGGGAUGCAAGAAGCUAUCCAUGAUCUCAUGAUGCUGGCUAAUGCUAAUCCAGAGAAAAGAUUAAUGGACAACUCUGAUCCUAAGGCCGCUAACAUCGAUUCGGCCCUGACCGACUCCUGGAAUUUUCCAUCGAGGAACGAUAAGCUAAUUAGGACUGAUGAAGCUGGAAGCCGACGUGAAGUUCUAUAUAAAAGCAUUAAUGAAGACAAAGGGAAAGGAAAGGCUAUGCUAGAAACUGCUCCACCGAAGAUGAGAACGAAAUUAUGGGUUAAUGAAGACUGGCCUAGAAAUUACUAUUACAGGGACGAAACUACCGCGCAUAAAGACUUGAAUAGAAACGACUCUGGUAACGGUGAUCUCGUUCCCAAAGACGAAAUCUCGGUGAAGAUGAUGACCAGAAAUAGAAAGAAGAGAAAGACUAAACUGUUAGGCUUGAAAGCACUGGGAGAUGCUGCCGAUCGAAGUCACAAUCAGUUUCCGCUGACACCCAGUAGAUAUACAUGCAGUCUCUGCAAUAAAUCAUUCCCAACUCACCAAGCUUUGGGGGGUCAUAUGUCCAGCCAUAACAAAUUGAAGUACAUCCAGACUAUGAAUGAAUAUGUAUCUGCAAAUGACUCAGCUACCGAAGAUUAUGGAAACUGUGCCAACCUAAUUACCCAAGUGGAUGGAACAGAAACUGUACUUGCAGGAAGCAAGCACCAACGCAAGAUUUGCAACGUCGAGACCUUCCCAACAGGUCAGGCACUCGGGGGUCACAAGGGAAGUCAUUGGACUGGCCCUGUGGAAAUUGACUCCAGUAAAUUAACGUCGCCUGGAGAAGCUAAAGCUCAAAUAUCCAGUCGAUUAACGUCGCCUGAAGAAGCAACAGCUCAAUCUAGCUCAGUAACAUCAACUGGAGAAGCUAAAGCUCAAUCUAGCCAAAUAACAUCACCUGGAGAAGCCAGCCAGACUGGUCGAAGGAUUUUGGGUUUUGAUCUUAACGACCUUCCUGCUAUGGAGGUUUAA